ACAUUGCUUUGAGUUUAUCUAAUGAAAACACAAAAGUUGCUUUCAAAAUUUGUACGAUCACAUUGAAACACAAAAGUCAUAGUGCGGCCGUUUUAUCGUCGAAAAUGUGCGUCCCUGACAGUGUUCCCAUUUUAUGUUUUAGUUAUACGAUAAGGUAUAGAGCGUUUUUUCGCUUGGUAGUGCGUGACUAUUCCACAGUGUUCAAAAAACUGCAACAUAUGAAGGCAUGCUACUAUCAAUGUGUUUGGGACGAAUUUCAUAAGCCAAAUGAGUGAUUAUUUGAGGCAAAUGUACAACUAUACGCCCGCUAGUUUAAAUUCAUUUGAAUGUUUAUUUCAUUAAUUUUAAUAUCCACUAGUCGAAUAGUUAUCAUCAAAAUUAGCAUAAAUAAUUCGUUUGUUUUGUUAUGAGCAGUGAAGUUUGAAUAAAAGCGAAAUGGAAAAAAAAAUAAAAAUGAUUCAUAUUAUUUCCCAAUAUUGCAUAGACAACAAUUUCUUAUUAUUAGACCAGGUUAAAGUUACUCUAACGGAAUAGAUUUUUUGUUCAAUUAAUUUUGUACAUUCGGUGCACGAUUUCCAGAGGCAACUAACACGUCAUGAGUUUGAAAUUGGAUGCUACGAUAUAAUAAUCUAGAGAGACAAAGACAGGUUAAGGCGUGUACAAACAGUGGUAAAUAGAUAGGGAGAGCGCGAGAAUAGCAAAUAGAGGAAGAGAAGAGAAACAGAGACGGAGCAUCGAAACAUCCACAUCAAUAAUUACAGAUCAAAUGCAUCCGAUGCAUUGCCCGUAUAUGCAAUGACCGUGAGAUUGACCUAACGAAUGUAGCCUCAGAUACGUUUAAGUACAAAACUGCAUCCCAGUUGUAAGGCUAACUCCCAACUAUGGAAUAGUUUUCACUAAGUGAAACAUUUGCGAACGGUUGCUCGAAGGGCAAUUUUGUGCCUUUUGUCGCAUAACGCUUACUUGCAUGGUCAGCACCGUACAUGUGUCUGGUGCUGUACCACUUGCCUGUACAGAGAAUGGAUAACCAGUAGCGUGUUAGAGCUCAGUGCGUUCAGCUGUUGAUCAAACACCGAUGUGACUCUAGAGUCACAAACGACUAGCGAUAGAGUGUGUACGAACGGCUCAUCGAUCAGACGCAGUGUGUAGAUCGCGGGCGUCAGUGAAUAGCGUAGUGUAGUGUGCGUAGGUGUCGCUAUUUUGCUAGCAAAUCUUGAAUUUCGACGACGAUACGCAAGCCGGAGUAUUACGAAAUACUACAAGAACAUUUAAGGGGCUUCUUAUUUGCCGUGGUGACGUGUACCGCAUGUAAAGCGGAGACAAAUAUGCGAAACGAUUUUUCCGACUAGUUGUCUAUGUUUUUUACCCAUCUGCGUUGUUGAAUUUCUUUCAUUUUGUGAAUAGGAAGAACGGUUAGCAGCACAACAUAUUCGGAUACGGUAAAAGCCAUAUAAUUCACUAGAGCAUAUAGGUGGCACAAUGUUUCGUCUUCGACCUAACGCUAAUUAUUAGUGCAAAGUUAAACGUUAAUUUCGUCAUUUGUAAAGUGUUUGCGGUGAUUUGUUUAUGUUUUUAAGCAAGAGUUGGGUGUGAAAGUGUUACUUUUUGGCGUGUUUCACACCAACACUAAGUGUAGCAAAGUGGUAUGCGUAUGCGUGCGUUGGUUUUAUUUGCUCAUCACUAACAUUAAGUUAUGCGAUAAGAGACUUUAUCUUAUCAUAUGUACCUUUUCCAUGGUUUGAAGAGUUUCGUAAAGCUCACGCGAUACAAUACAUUUUUCUGACUGCUGUAAACAGUGGCUUUGUGAACCCAGAUUCAUAAACAAUCUAUGCGAUGGGAUUGUGCUGUGGUGGUACAGAUCGUGUGACAAAACAUUCGAAAGAAGACAUUCAACAGGCGGCAGAAAGCGAACCACUUAAACAUGAUCCUGACUUCAAAGGACCUUUAUCGAAACGAUCAUGUACGGAUCUUCCCUGUUUGUUUUUAUUUGUCACUUUUCUUUGUGCUUGGGGUUAUGUAGCACACUAUGCUGUUCAACAUGGCGACCUAAAUCGACUGCUUGUGCCGAUUGAUUCUGAUGGACGAAAAUGUGGUGUUGAUAGCGAAGUGCGCGACGAACCAUAUCUUGUGUUUUUUAACAUAACCGAGUGUGCCAAAAUUGAUGUGCCAAUUUCCGGAUGUAGUACUACACAGGUGUGUGUUAAACAAUGUCCAAAUGAAGAUUUUGAUUUCGAAACCGCCAACUGCAAUCCUUUCAAUCUUGACGAGAUUCGCACAAAAUUAAUAUGCAAGCAAAACGUGAAAAAGACUGACUUAAAGACAUGCCAAAUUAUACGAGAGUACAUCAAAGCCGACAGAUGCGCACAGACGGUUCAAAAGAGCACCUCCUUGGCAAAUCGAUGCGUAUCUAACAUUCCUGAAGGGCAAUGUGCACUCGUGCCUAAGCGAGUUCAUCAACAGCCGGUUGCCAGUGACAAAUUUCAACUUUCAUCUGAACAAUGUAAAGAAAAACGCGAUCUCGAAAACAUUUUAGAAGAAAAAAUUGUUAAACUACAAUCCUUUCUGGCAAGAUACGUCAAUAAUCUCAUAUCCGUUGUAACAAACGACAAUAGCGUGCAUCAGACAAGCCAAAUGAUUGUGGAAGAUAUUUUGGAAUCGUGGCGUAUGAUAUUGGUGUUCGUGGCAUGCUCUGUGCUGGCUAGUUUAAUCCUCAUAACGAUGCUUCGAUGGAUAGCGAAACCAAUGGUUUGGAUUUCAAUUAUCGGUGUAAUUGCAGCACUCAGCUAUGGAGUGUAUUACAGCUUCCGAGAAUAUCAAAGCAUUCGUGCCAAUCCUGUUGCAGCACACGUAAAUGUGUCUCCAAAUCUUAGCUCAUUGGUAAACUCUUGGUUCAAGUCGGAUCAGACCUGGCUGUGGAUACUUAUUGCCUUAUCGGUUAUACUGAUUGUGCUACUCCUGGUCGUGCUGGUUCUACGGAAGAGGAUUGUUAUAGCAAUUGCGCUUGUGAAGGAAGGUAGCAAGGCUGUUAGUGCUAGUUACUCCACCGUAUUUUUCCCCCUUUUGCCAUGGAUACUGCAGGCUGCAGUUUAUUUGUUUGCUCUGCUGGUACUGUUGUUUUUGGCGUCUAUUGGCGAUCCUGUGCAUAAAAUUAAUGGGCUAAAUACAUCAGCUACUUGCCUGUGCAGCAACGGAUACAAGGAAGGAGAUAUUUGUGAUCCUGUCGUAUUCAAUGAAAAUUGUAAAGAUACUAACAGAGCGUAUGACCAAGGUCGAUGCAUUGAUGCUGCAUGUCACUUUCAAGAGGUGGAUACGCCUACCAUAGUUGGAUACUUUCACGCUCUAAAUGUGAUUGGAUUUUUCUGGUGUAUUUGCUUUGUAUCUGCGUUCAGCGAAAUGGUGUUAGCCUUUACAUUUGCUACAUGGUACUGGACGCGGCAGAAGUCUCGCCUGCCAUUUUUCGUUCUGACGCGCGGUGUCACAAGAACGAUCUUGUACCAUCUAGGCACGCUAGCAUUCGGUUCAUUAAUUAUUGCUAUCUGCAAAAUUAUCCGAGCCUUUCUUGAAUAUCUCGAUCACAAACUGAAACGCUAUGACAAUGGAGUAACACGUGCCAUCUUAUGCUGCUGUCGUUGUUUCUUUUGGUGUUUGGAAAGCUUUUUGAAAUUUUUGAACACGAACGCGUACAUCAUGUGUGCAAUUUAUGGAAAAAAUUUUUGCUCUAGUGCAAAAGAUGCUUUCAGUUUGCUCACGCGCAACGUGCUGCGAGUAAUUGCGCUGGAUAAGGUGACGGGAUUCUUGUUCUUCUUAUCUAAGCUAUUGCUUGCUUCUGGUAUGGCAGCCAUAACAUACACUUAUUUCGAUAGUGAUUUGCCGAAAACACCAUUGAAUUUCCCGUUUGUACCAGCUGUGUUUGUGUUCAUUGGAACAUACAUCAUUGCGUCCAUAUUCUUCAGCGUUUACUCUGUUGCUGUAGACACGUUGUUUUUGUGUUUUUUGGAAGAUAUCGAACGUAAUGAUGGCAGUGCUGAGCGCCCAUUCGUCAUGUCUAAAGGAUUGCUCAAAAUACUGGGUAAAAAGCAAAAGUAAAUCGUAACGAUUUCCAAAGAUUGUACUAAUGUGAGUGAAAAUCAUCGCAUAAGAAGUUCAACACAUCAAUUAAAUUCAACAGCAAUAAAUAUUAACAAUUUGUGGUCCACCAUGAAAUACGACACGUUUUGAGGCAGCGAUCCUGUAUAUAUUUGGAAAAAUAGCUGUUCCCUUGUGUAUCUAAAAGCUUACACAAAUAAUCUAAUGUUAAGUCUAUAUUUUUAUACUAAUUUAUACGUAAUAUCAUAGGAAUGAUACAAGCAAAUGCAACAAUGGUUCAGCAGGCUAAGUAAGGCAUUUAAAACAAAGCAUGAAUUGUGAUCGACAAUGUGAAAGGAACUUAUGAAAAUGUUAAAGGAUAGGGUUUAAUAAACUUAUACCAUAUUUUGCAAAUAUGAAUAAUAUAUCUACAUAUUCGUCACAAUACGGAUUACAAUUUUUGAUAUCUUACCUUUGAACAUAAAGCAGUCAUAUUGAAAUCUGGAUCAAAAUAAUCAAUUAGAACUGAAAAAUCUGUGUUCUACCCUGGUAGCACAAAGCGCGGGGAUUUUUUUUGCAUGAACGAUAUUAAACUGUUAAAUGUAAUGGAACAUUGAGCAUGAAUAAAACACAUUUUUUUAAA